AAGAAAAGUGCUGCGAAAUUCACUUUUCGUGUUCUUUUGAAUCUCUUAGGAAAUUGUUCAGUUCAGUUCAGUAAACAGCUCGCAACAAUUUUCCAGUUCAUCGGAAGGUUCUCCGAUUUUGUUAUUAAACCCCUUUCCAUGGUUUGCCUUUGAUCGCAGUCGAAGAAGCUCUUCCGGAACGGGUUUGCCAGCUUUGUUAGCUUUGUCAGUGUUAACAAAUAGACAGACGCAAGAUGGGUAAAGUAUUUCUCGAUCACAUCGGAGGCCAGAAGCUGUACAACUGUGCUGCCUGCGAAACCAAUCUGACCAACAAGAGGGAACUAAUCAGCACAAGAUUCACGGGGGCCACAGGGCGUGCCUAUCUGUUCAAGCGGGUGGUCAACCUGACAUACUCUCAGGUUCAGGACCGAGUUAUGCUCACUGGCCGUCAUAUGGUUCGCGAUGUGAUGUGCAAAAACUGCAAAGCCAAACUGGGCUGGAUGUACGAGUUUGCUACGGAAGAAACGCAAAAGUACAAGGAGGGACGAGUCAUCUUGGAGCAUGCCCUCAUCACCGAAUCCGAGGGCUUUCCGGAUGUGUGAACGCAACGCAAUCGUUAGAUUUAGGCCCUCCCUAGUUGAUAAUGGGUCGUGUUAUCGUUACGCCAGCCUUGCUUUAUUUAAGCCCUACGUGUAUCAUCCACUACAAAUAAAUCGACCGCUCAUUUGACGCCCAACUUUUGUGCAGCUGCGAUAGCGUUUUCGUUGGCCAGCAUCUGAAACUCUUGAAACCGCUGUGAAAUGCGCUGAUU